AUGGCUGGUGAGAAGGUCGCCAACGGCAGCGCGGCUGCUCGCACCCCAGCCAAGAGCCUCGGGGCCAAGUCCGCAGCGUCUGUUUCCUCCUCGGCCAAGCAGCAGCGCUCGAUCAAGUCUUUCUUUCAAAAAUCCUCGCCCGCCGCUGCAUCCUCGCCCGCAACCGCUUCCAAGCCUUCACCCGACCCUGCCUCCAAGUCCUCGUGCCUGAAGGAGACUACCAAGAACAACGCUCUCCCCAAGACGAAACCGGCUCCCGCAUUCAAUCCCGCCACCAAGGUAAAGUUGUCCACGCCUGUGCCCAGCAGCGACGCCCUGGAGCCCCCAAGUUCACAGGAGAACAUGGAUGCUGCCUCAGCCGAUCUCCCCUCUCCCACAGCCCUGCCAACAAGGACCAGCCGGACAGCUUCCAAGCCCAUGAAGAAGGAGACCCGCAAAGUCGUUAGUUACGCCGAGUCGUCCGACGAGGAUGAUGAUCCGUUUGCAUUUGAAGCCCCCUCACAGACAAGGCGCCGUGCUAGAAGAUCGGCCGUUAUUGACGAGGAGGACGAAUAUGGCGAGGAUGAGAACGGGGCAGCAGAUCAGGAAGACGAUGACAUUGACGAUUUUAUUGUGUACGAGGAAUCAGAAGAAGAAAGCAAUAAGGCCAGGAAAAGAAAGCGACCUUCUAAGCCCCAGUCAUCACGAAAGAAAUCCACCGUCUCGUCUCCUAUUACCCGUGACGAUGAGGACCACCCGACCCUCGAUGACGACGAUGUCAUGGAUGACGGCUCAGGGUCUACGGCAGUUCAGUGGACAUAUGAUCCCGAGUCGACCGACAAGCAACCAGUCACAAAGCCCGCAGACAGAGGUCCACGGGAUCCCAACGUCAAGGAGAAAGCACACACCAGAGAACCAGAGGAUCGCUACCCCUGGCUUGCUAACAUUCGGGACAAGGAGAAGCGAGCCCGCGGUGAUCCUGAAUAUGAUCCACGAACCAUUUUUAUCCCUCCGAUGGCUUGGAACAAAUUCUCCGCUUUCGAGAAACAGUACUGGGAGAUCAAACAAAAUCUUUGGGACACCAUCGUCUUCUUCAAGAAAGGCAAAUUCUACGAACUGUAUGAAAAUGAUGCCACCAUCGGUCAUCAAGAGUUCGACUUCAAGAUGACCGACAGAGUAAACAUGCGCAUGGUUGGUGUGCCUGAAAGUUCUCUGGACCAUUGGGUCAACCAGUUCAUCGCCAAGCAGUACAAAGUCGCCCGAGUUGACCAAAUGGAGACGAAUCUGGGCAAGGAGAUGCGCGAGAGACAAGACAAGAGCAAGAAGGCAGACAAGAUCAUUACUCGCGAGCUUGCCUGCGUUCUUACGGCUGGUACAUUGGUGGAUGGUGGCAUGUUACAGGAUGACAUGGCAGCCUACUGCGUGGCGAUCAAGGAGUCCAUCGUGGAUGACCUUCCAGCUUUCGGUAUCGCAUUUGCCGAUACCGCCACUGGCCGCUUCCAUCUCUCUGGCUUUGUAGACGAUGUGGACUUGACCAAGUUCGAGACCCUAAUCGCUCAAACUGGCCCUCGGGAGCUCCUCUUAGAAAAGUCGCAGCUCUCUACGAAAGCUUUACGCGUGCUCAAGAACAACACUAGCCCUACUACCAUCUGGACACACCUGAAGCCUGUCACAGAAUUCUGGGAUGCGGACACGUCUCGCCGCGAGAUCAACACUGGGAACUAUUUUGCGACCGAGGAUGGCGCGGACGAGAUCUGGCCCGAGAGUUUACUGAAGUACAAGGACGACGAUCUUGUCAUGUCUGCUCUUGGAGGUCUUGUCUCAUAUCUCAAGUUCCUCAAGCUGGAACGUCCUCUUCUAUCUCAGGGCAGCUUUGAGACAUACAACCCCAUCCAGAAGAACGGCACGCUCAUCCUCGACGGACAAACGCUUGUCAACCUAGAACUUUUCUCUAACUCUGCUAACGGCGGAUCCGAGGGUACAUUAUUCAGCCUCCUGAACCGGUGUGUCACGCCUUUCGGAAAGCGAAUGUUCCGUUCAUGGGUCGCUCAUCCCCUCUGCGAUAUUGGCCGUAUCAACGACCGCUUAGACGCCGUCGCGAUGCUAAAUGAGGAUCCUUCUAUUCGAGAACAGUUCGCGUCUCAGCUAGUCAAAAUGCCAGAUCUGGAGCGACUUAUUUCUCGCAUCCAUGCUGGUGUUUGCAAGGCCGACGUCUUCGUGCGAGUUCUUGAGGGGUUCGAGCAGAUUGAGUACACCAUGAGCCUUCUCGGUUCCUUCAAGGGCCGCAAUGGCCUCGUCGAUCAGCUUGUUUCCAGUAUGCCUCAGCUUGAAGAACCCCUCAGCUACUGGAGCACAGCAUUUGAUCGCCACAAAGCCCGCGAAGAGAAGCUCCUGAUCCCCGAGCGAGGUAUCGAGGAAGACUUUGACGAGAGUGUGGAUCGCCUAGCCGAAAUCAAGACUCAGCUGGAUGAUCUCCUAAAGGAGCAAAAGGCGACUCUGAAGUGUCGAACUAUCAAGUAUACGGACAUUGGCAAGGAGAUUUACCAGAUGGAAACUCCCAAGUCGGUCAAGGUACCUUCAAGUUGGCGCCAGAUGUCCGCAACCAAGGACCUGAAGCGAUGGUACUUCCCUCAGUUGAGCCAGCUGGUGCGAGAACUUCAAGAAGCAGAGGAGACCCACUCCCAGCUCAUCAAAGGUGUCGCUGCUCGUUUCUUUAAGAAGUUUGACGUUGACUACGACACCUGGAUCAAAGCAAUUAAGAUUGUUUCCCAGUUGGACUGUCUGGUCAGCUUAGCAAAGGCAUCCUCCUCUCUCGGCCAGCCCAGCUGCCGUCCUCACUUUGUCGACGAGGAGCGUAGCGUGGUGAAGUUCGAGGAAUUGAGGCAUCCCUGUAUGAUCAACACUGUGGACGACUUCAUCCCUAAUGACAUCAAGCUCGGUGGUGAUGAGGCUAAAAUCAAUUUGCUCACCGGCGCCAACGCGGCCGGAAAGUCGACCGUUUUGCGAAUGUCCUGCAUCGCCGUUAUCAUGGCACAGAUUGGAUGUUACGUACCAGCGGUGUCGGCUCGCUUGACACCGGUAGACCGUAUCAUGUCGAGAUUGGGUGCUAAUGACAACAUCUUCGCCGCCCAGUCUACCUUUUUCGUAGAGCUUUCGGAGACGAAGAAGAUUCUUUCCGAGGCUACACCGCGGUCUUUGGUUAUCCUCGAUGAACUUGGCCGUGGAACCAGCUCGUACGAUGGUGUGGCUGUCGCUCAGGCAGUCCUUCACCAUGUCGCCUCACACAUUGGCUGCAUUGGGUACUUUGCCACCCACUACCACUCACUGGCGACCGAGUUUGAGAAUCACCCUGAGAUUCGGGCACGACGGAUGCAAAUCCAUGUCGACGAAGCAGAGCGCAAGGUUACGUUCCUGUACAAGCUGGAAGACGGAGUGGCAGAGGGCAGCUUCGGAAUGCACUGCGCCGCCAUGUGUGGCAUCUCCAGCAAGGUCAUUGAGCGUGCUGAGGUUGCAGCCCGCGAGUGGGAACACACCAGUCGUCUCAAGGACAGUCUUGAACGCGCGAAGACGGGGUGCUACAUCCCACUCGGUGUCUUGAGCGAUAUCGGUGCACUUCUUGGCGACAAGGGAGAGAUCGGGGACAAGGGGAUGGAGGUCCUGUUGCAGGCCAUCGAGAGCCUAUAA